CUUUCUAUUGUUGAGGAAUUAUUCAGUUAGAAUCUUUAAUGUUAUUUCCUGUCGAGAAAAAAAUACAAUCAUUUCCUGAGAGAUAAACAAACCCACAUCUCAGUGUGUGUGCACACAUGUGUGGAGGAGGAGGCACUGCAACAAGCCAUAAAGGUUAGAGGUUAGAAAGAGCUGCCAUCAGUCUGGGUGAGACGCUGAAAAAAAACCCAGAAAGCUGCUUUUGCCAGAGCUCCCAAACGGACAUUUUGAACCAACAAGAAGCAGGUAUCAAAUGAGAAGCUGGACAGCUGCCUUACCUGUGUUCCCGGUGCAGAGGAAACAACAAGAAGAGCAAAAAAGGCCUGCAGUGAAAAGUUAAAAGUGAGAAAGAGGGAGGGAGAGGAGAGCUGGCAAUUGGGAGCAGGAAUACAGAAGUAGAUCGGGAGAGGAGAUGGAAAACCUGUCUGUGUACCACGGGCCCAUCGGAAAGGAGGAGGGGGAGAGGCGGCUGGGACAGGACGGCCGGGACGGAUCCUACCUGUUGCGCAACAGUGACUCUGUGCCCGGCGUCUACUGCCUGUGUGUGCUGUGCAGUGGAUUCGUGUACACGUACAGGCUCCACAAGGACGACGCGGGCUCCUGGGCUGCUGAAACCACUCCCGGUGUGCAGAAGCGAUAUUUUCGGAAAAUCAAGAACUUGAUAUCAGCUUUCGAGAAACCCGGACAAGGGAUUGCCAUUCCUCUGCUCUUCCCUGUCACAGCUCAGAGACGGGCACACACACACACGGGGGCGCAGACGGCCGGUAAUAGCCUGUCGACGACACACAGCGGCCCAGACUCUUACCUCCAGCAGCAGCCGCCUCGCGCUGCUCAGGGACAAAAAAACAGGAACAAGAAGGAAGUGCAGCAAGCUUUGGGUUAGGGGUUAACCCACAGUUUACUGAUUAUAGCCUAAGCCAAAAAUGGUCUUCCAUGAUGUCUUACUGUUGCAUUUUGCACGCUGUUUGUGUGAAGUAAAUGUCAUUUCACCCCAAUUAACCAGUUUGUUAAAUCAGGUCAUUCAUCAUCUGGCUGUGACUCAGAUCUCAGCAUCCUUCCUCUCCUUUUUAUUUCUUCUUCUGCAUAUGUGGCACAUCACACGGCUUUCAGGGAUGUGAUGUAAAAUAUUCAGCUGCUGAAACAUUAAUAUCCAUCACUGCAUACGCAAGAUGACAACAAAUAUUGUGCUGUGUUUUCUUAAUGCAAUUCGGUGAUGUGGAUGGCAAAGAAAAUAAAUGAUAUUGGUUGAAAUAAA